AAUCAUGGAGGAUAAAAAUUUGAAGAAAAUCAACGACAACGAGAGUGAAGAGGUUAAGUCUACUGCAAUAGUAAAAUAUUCAGUUCCAAAGCCUGCCCAAUUUAUGAAGCUUGAAUGUAACACAGAUCUAAAUCUACCCCCUUCAAAUUGGCUUAGCAGUUCUGUUGAUUCAUAUGGUCUGCAACAUGUUGUGUAUCACCAAAAAGGCUUUUCUAGCUUUCGAAUGGCUCAUAUGUUCCCUGACUGUGUGGGUGAUGUUGAUAUUGUAUCAGAUGCAGAAAAUAUUAAAAACUUACUCAAAAUGCCCUACAAUAAAGGCCACAUUAGUAUGAUGGUGCAUAGAGUAGAAAAUACAUUAUUGUUGGAUGAUUUUGAUAUUUACAAGCAUUUGUUAAGGACUGCAGAAACAGAAUGGGAGUGGUUAAGAAAAUUCUUUUUGGAACAAGUAAACAGUGAAACAUGUGAAGAAGACAAGAGCUCAUAUUUUAGACAAAGGAAAAGAGAAGCGUUAAAGCAAAGAAGUUUGGUAUCUAAAUUUCUCUAUCAUAGCUUAGUGGAGACUGAUAAUAAGGAGACUGUUGAUGUAAACAAGAGUGGACCUCAUCCUUUACCUUUUAAGGGACCUUUGCUUCCAGAGCCUUCACCAGCAGCUGAAGCACCUGAUCCUAGACCUGUUGAUCACAAGUUCAAUAGGAAUGUUGUAUGGACAUUUGAAGAUAUUGAAAUGUUAUUAGGGACUGAUAUGCCAAUUUUUGGGGGAGGCACUCAUCCUUGCAUUUCACUGCGUCUGCGUGAUAUGAGUAAACCAAUCAACGUACUUACCGGCAUCGACUACUGGUUAGACAAUUUAAUGUCGAAUGUCCCAGAAGUGGUCAUGUGCUACCACCUAAACGGAAUCGUUCAAAAAUACGAAUUAAUUAAAACUGACGACUUACCACAGCUGGACAACUCAAGAUUUUCACCGAAUUUGAUAAGGGAUGUCGCGCAAAGUAUCCUAUCGUUUUUGAAGUCAAACGCAACAAAAGCUGGCCACACUUACUGGCUUUUUAAAGGCAAAAAUGAAGAGGUGGUUAAGCUAUAUGACUUGACAUCCCUUUGUUCAGAAUCCGACGUAGACAAGGGACAGAAUCCGUUCACAAUUCCCGUUGCCAUGCUUUUAUACCGUGUCGCCCGUAACAUGAAACAUUCGUCUGAGAGACGACAACCUGGGACAAUUAGAAUGUUGUUAAAAAAUUGUUUAAAACUAUUGCCAGAAGAAAAGUAUCCAGAAAUUGUCACUUCUUCUUAUUACAUGUUGUCGGAUUUGUUCGUUCCAGCAAAUACGAAUCCCGAAUCACCAGACUUGGAUCAGUCCGAUCCCGAUGAUAAUGAAUCAGUGUAUGACGAUGACGAUGUGAAUGACCCCAAGGAUUCCAUGAAAGUUCUUGUUUUGAAUCCUUCAAAAACCUGCGAAAAAUUCUCGAAUUAUUACAAAGCUCCUCCGGCAAUCGUUGGUGGUACUGAAGAGAGAUGCCUACAAGCUUUGCUGCACAUUGCUGCUGGUCUGAAUUGUCUCAAGUAUUUUCCCAAGUCCAGUUGCACACCAGAGAAAAGUAACCAGGAGGAGGAAGUGCCGAUGGCGAAACCUUACGAAGCUAUACCAAUGCCUUUCAGAGAAACGGAUAGCCAAGUUGAAACAACAGAAAAAAAGGGAAAGAAAAAGGACAAAAAAAAGAAACACGAAAAGAAAGCUGCUGAAAACCAAAGUGCUUUAUUACUAAAAUCUCACCAAGAGGCGACGCCAUUGCCCACGUGGCACAAUCACGAACCAAAAGGCGAAGUUUCGUGGAAGGACCAUCUCAAGACAUUGUUGUACGAGAAGGCGGUACUGGUUUAUGCCAUCUUGACGGAACACUACUUUGCAAGCGGGCAGUACGGUACUUGCCUUCGCAACGUGGGUAUGUUAGCGCGAUGCGAGUUACUGCUCACGCGUCUCUACAAGUCCAGUGCCAUCAGGGAAAACUAUCUGUUGGGUAGGGCCGGAGAUUGUGCCAUUAUGAUGAUUCAGAAUUGGGGACAGGUUGAUGCAUUUAGAGAACAAUUAAUGAACCACACUGAUGAAGAUUACAGAAUGAUGGAACAACUUGAAAAAGAUGAACAAUUGUGUUUAAUCAAUAUAGGUCAUUCCAUAUUUAAGUGUGUGUUUUUGUACGACAUACGCACUAUAGAACAGAUGUUGAUGAAGGCUAUAGAGUGUUAUGAGGAAGCUUUAAAAAUUGCACCAAGUGACAGCAUUUUGAGAAGGUUGGGUAACAGUUUAAAUGAAGUGGCGUCAUACUACCUUAAUGAAGCUAAAAAUUCAAAAAGUGAAGAAACGAUAAUUGAAUCGUGCAAAAGAGGUGAACCAUACCUUAUUAGGGGGCUGGAGGUCUUUGAAAAGGUGAAAGAUGAUGCAAACAUUGCCUUACUUUAUUCCAACAUGGGUCAUCUAUACAGACUUCUCGCAUACGCACACACACCUCAGGAUAGAGGAGAACUGACAAAUAAAGAAAAAUUGCAUUAUAAUAAAGCGUUUGUGAAUUAUAAAAAGGCGUUACAAGUAUUAGGUGACAGGAAACAUUGUCCAGGUAUUUGGGAUGCAGUUAAGUGGGAACUUUCCACUGCUUUAUUCAACAUGGGGUGUAUCAUGCAUGAUUAUCCUUCAUCUAAUUUGACGCAAUCAGAAGCUGAGAAAGAGGUGAUUGAAACCUUACAGACGGCAUUGAAGUACUGCGAUUUGGAAGAAGAAAACCCCAAGUUCCCGUUGUACCAAUACAGGGCAGCUCUAAUCCACUAUCGGAUUGGGUCGCUGUAUCACAGACAUGUCUACAAUUUACAGAACGAUACAUCCAACAAGAAGAAUAUAAUACAACUAGCACGAAUUAAUUACGAAAAAGCAUCCAAUCUCUUCUUUUCAUCAGCAGACACAAUAAACUAUUUGACUUCUCAGAUGCAAAGAUUUGCACUGUGUGAAUUUCAAGCAGAAUAUACCAAUAUAUUGAACACCAAAAUAAAACAUUACCAGCACUGCCUACAAAUAGUGAUAGAAAUAGAUAGUCUGAUUCAUCUUUUAGUUACUAAGAAAAUAGAUGUUCCAGAAGAAGACACCUCAGAAUCAAAAGACUCAUUUAAAAGUUGUUAUUCUUUACUAGUAUUAGUCAAAAAUCGAUUGCAAUAUGUUUUGAAGACAUUAAUUAAAAUUUGUCUAACUAAGCCUCCACCAAAUAAAAAUUGCGAUCUAUUAGUAGAAUUGUAUAAAAUUUGUUAUAAACAUUCAUUUGAGCUCAAAGAUGAAAUGCCUUUCAAAGAUCUUGCUGAAAAAUUGCACUCAGUACUUAAAUUGAUCAAAACUAAUGUUGAGACCAUCAGCAGCAUAUUAUGAUUAGAUUUUGUUUCCUCUUUAAGUAGUUAAUUAUUUUAGAACGAGCAUUUAAGAUAUUUUAGGAAAUAAGUUUUAAUGUUUUAUACAUAUUUGAAUAUAUUUUUUCAUGCAGUCUCAUGAGUCAGUAUCAGUAAUAUUUACUUUUGAAUACAGGUUAUUUCUUUUAUUUAUUAUAUUAGUUAAUUUAGUUAGUAUGUAAAAAGUUAUCAUUUGUGUAUUUACUAUUUUUGUAAACUGUGAUAUGAAAUAAAGUGCUUUAUGAAAUCA